AACCACAAAUCCAGUUAAGCUGAGGACAUUGUAUGGUAAAACAGGUCUUAACAGAACAAGGAACAGAAAACACUGCCUGUCACGAUACCAUGAAAGCUACUUCUUUUUAAGCUGCGAGUAGACAGACGCUAUCACAUCCAACAACGUCAGUCCCAUCAAGCAAGAGGAUCCAGUUGAACAGCAAUGAAUGACUCUUUCAAUGACAGCCAAUACGUCCAUGUCUAUGAUGAUGACUAUGUGGAUCAAGUCUGUGAUAAAGGUGAGGUGGUCAAGUUUGGAUCCAUUGCCAUUCCCGUGUUCUUCUCUGUCGUGAUCACACUGAGCCUCAUAGGAAACAUCCUCGUCCUUGUAAUCCUGGCUUUGUAUGAAAACCUCAAGUCUCUUACCAACAUUUUUAUCCUAAACCUGGCCAUCUCUGACCUCGUCUUCACCACCGGUCUCCCCUUCUGGGCAUUUUACCAUGUCUGGGGAUGGUUGUUUUCAGAAGUUCUCUGCAAAAUUGUGACUUUUGUCUUCUUCACCGGGUUUUACAGCAGCAUACUUUUCCUGACCAUCAUGACCAUCUACAGGUAUCUGUCUGUGGUGCACCCUCUCUGUGGCCGGAGCACACAUAAACUCAAUCGCAGCACUGGAGUUUAUGUGUCCUUCUUACUGUGGAUAGUCAGUAUUGGAGUGUCCAUGCCCUCCCUGCUCUACAGCACCCUCGUCCCGAUCCACCACAAAGAUAAACACUCCAUGGGCUGUGAAUACGAAGCCACUGAGUGGAAAGGAAUUGACAUCUUUCAACAGAACAUUUUUUUCUUGGUCGCUUUUGCAGUGAUGGCUUUCUGCUACAUUCAAAUACUGUGGAAAAUCACAAGAACAAGAACAGAGACAAAGAACAGAGCAGUGAAGUUAGUCUUCUGGAUCGUGGCUGUGUUCUUCCUCGGUUGGGUGCCGUACAAUGUGGUCAUUUUUCUUAGAUUUUUGGCUAACAAUGUGGUUCCAGCACGUUAUCCCUGUGAAACAAGUAUCAAGCUUGACUAUGCAUUCUAUGUGUGCCGGCUCAUUGCUUUCUCCCACUGCUGCCUGAACCCUGUCUUUUAUGCAUUUGUUGGUGUGAAGUUUAGGAGUCAUUUAAAGUCACUGCUGCAUCGAAUGUUCAAUUGUCAAAGUCCAAACGAAGAACAGAAGGUUAGAAUGCAAACCUUUUCCCGUGGAUCAAUUUACUAGUUUCUGUUUAAUUGUACAAUGUCCUUGCAUUUACUGCUGCAUUAUUGAUUAGACAAUGACUAGUGUAAGCUGCACUAAAUAUUCAAAUCUGAGCCUUUAUGUGUAUUUCUGUGUGCCUGUGUCUGUGUUAAACCUUUUCACAUAUGUGGUUUGUUAGAUUUAUUUACGGCACUUUAAAAGGAAGCCAUGAUAU